AUGGGUAAUUGUGAAGAAGGGAGUGUAAUGCAUAGAAGUGUGGCCAGUAAACACGCCAAUGCCAUUAUACCUGCUGAUGGAAUGACGAAUGCGCAUAUGGAUGAGGGCAAUGGAAUGAGUUUUUAUAAUGGUUCCUUUGUGGGGAGGGAAUUACUUCCUGUGGGGAGCAAAAGUGGUUUGAACAAGUUAGGCGAGACUGCCGAUUUCGGAGGGAAAGAGAGCAGUGAUUUCUCCGAAUCAAGAAAUACCGACAACACGGUUAGGAUAAUCUCUGGAGAGGGUUACGUUUCUGACAGGAGGAGGGAAGUCAUGGACGGGCGUGACUUGAGGCAGUAUUGGUUCGACUACAUAAAUAGCAGCUUUGGUAGCGUCAAUGCGAAUGAUAUACGGGGGUUGAUAUUUGGCAGUUCGCAGGGACGCAUCGAUAGUAGUGCUGCUAACAAACACUUCGGGCCCAUAUCACACCAGACGCAACACUCUGCGUGUGCAGUGCCUGGGGACGUCUCCACCAACCGCAUUAAUGAAGACGUACUGGCAGAACUGAUCAGGGAAAAAAUAAAGGACAGCAUAAAUGACGUUGUUGAGAGGUUGCUGAGUAGGAGGGGCAAUACGGACAUAGACAGCAAGGAUGUUCUGGGCGAAGUUGAAAGGGAGCCAAAUUUGAGUCAUGCAUCGAAGCGUGACCAGGGGGGGAUAGACGAAGAUGUCGCGCCAGUUGAAGGGGGCGCAGGGGAGCUGAGAGAGAAGAACAGCACUCUUAUUUGUAACAACGGAGUGAAUCAAACCAUAGGUAAACAAUAUGGAGACGAGGUUCAAUCAUCACAGGGCAGUCAACACAUGGGAAGGGAACCGAACAAAGAAACUGUUAUGCUGGAUGAAGAAGAUGUUAACGAAAUUGAGAAGCUGAAUAAUCAUCUCAAAUUGAAUAAAAUAAAAAAAAAAAUAAAAUUGCCAAAAGAAGACAAAGAAAAGAAUCAAGUGAAAUGGAAAAAUGUCCUGUAUAAUUGUAUAGAUAUAAUUUACUUGUUGACGAAUGAAAAUAAUGCGAAAAAUAAAAAAAUGAACUCCUUGUUAGGAGAAAUAAACAAGCUGAACGAAUAUGAAAAGAAGAUAGAGAAUCUGAAUGAAGAGAAUGAAAAAUUGAAAAUAGAAGUGCUGCAAAAGAACGAACUUGUGAAAAAGAAAGACAUUAAGGAAAGGACAAACUUAAAUCUUAAAAUAGCUGAACAAGGAAAAAAAAUUGCUAAUUAUGAGAAGGACAUUAAUAUAUAUAAAAAUAAAGUCAACAAACUGAAUCACAAAAUAAGUAGCAAGGAUAGCGAAUUGGACAAGUUGAAAAAGCAGUACCAGGUAGUAUUGGACGAAAUUGACAAGUGCAAACAGGAUGCAGCUGCUACUGUGAAGCAGGUACUGAACAAAAAGCACACCACUCUGGUUGAUAAGCAAUGCCUAGACAUUUCGAAGCAUUACGAGGUUGAGAUGUGCAUGCUUAACAAAGAGAUCAGGAAUUUGAAGGACCUGCUUAAAAGUGAGGCCAAGGAGAAAAUCAUGCUCAUCAAGAAGCUUAGAAAGUGCUCAGGGGGGGGGAGCCUUCGGGGUGGGCACCCCGGCGAUCAGUCCAACACUAAUUCGUGUGCCCAUUCCGCUGCAUACUCCAGUGAUGAUGCGGAUGGGGAAGGAAGAAGGAGAAAGGCCGCUCUCCAAAAGGGUAACCCAACCCAGGCAGACACACGUGAGCAAACCAAUGAAGGCACGUAUAAAAAAAUGUGCCAAAAUUUAUUUAACGAAAUGAAUGAAAUAAAAAAAAAUUUUGACAAUCAGAAAAUUUUGUAUGACCAAAAAAUUGAACAACUGGAGCAAAAGCAGGAGCUGCAGAAUAUUAAAAAUAAAUUGGACGCAUCUGAGAAAAUUGUAGAAGUGUACCAAAAUAUUUUUCGCGAAAAUGUAAAUUAUAUAAAAAGUGAUAAUGUGCAAAAACGGGAUUUCAGUCAAACCAUGGGUGAGACGCAUCCCCAAGGGGAUGAGAAGGGUUACGCUCAUCUACAAAGCAGUGAGAAGGAUAAUUUGGCCAAAAAGAUGGAUGUUAGUUUGGCUCGAAACUCCAAUGGGGGAAGCAGCCACGACGAUUUUGGUAAAUGCUCUGUUGCAUUGUCGAGGAAGAAUAAUCCUAAUACUCAGAUGAAUGCCACCGUGACGUCUUGUAAUAUGCCCGGGCCGUCUGCAGAAUUCACCAUGAGCAGUGUCCAAAUGGGAAGUGAGUCAGGGGGUGGCCACGUGAUGGGGCCCGGGGUUAAUAUCGUUCCCUUGGUGAGCGGCAUUGGUAUGGUUAGCGGUAAUAACAUGGCUGGCAGUGUUGGUAGUGUUAGUGUCAUCGGUUCGGUGAGUGGCCUUGGCUUGGCGAGCGGCUUAGUGCCAGUCGGCCUGCACAACUCGAAGGCCACGACGGAACACAACUACCUGAACGAGUUUGUAAAGAUGUACGUAGAAAAGAACCCCAUGAGUGAAUCCAACAACGGGUUCAAAAUUAGCGAAUUCACAAAAUGGAAUGAAAAAUGCACAGAGAAUAUGCCCAAUAUUGAAGAGAAAAUAAAUGACCUACAUGACAAAUUAAUGAAAUUUGAAAAGACAGAAUUGGUCAAUAUAUUCAUAAGUAUAUGUAGCGAAUUAAAAAGUGAUAAUAUUUUUUUCGUACUCCAGUUUGUAAAAUUUUUGUCCUUUAUGGUGUAUGAACAGUUCCCCUUAUUUACUUCCUUCUUUUACAAAGUCGCCUCAAUAAUUUCGAUAAAUUCUACCAAAUUUGAUGAGUACAUAAAUGUGAUAAAGAAGUGGAAGAGCUACUAUGUGAAUGGGCAGAAGUAUUAUCUGUUCCGGAGGAAUGUGCUUUUAAUUUUGCAACAAGAUUUGAAGGACGUCAGAAGGAGCGACAUGGACAGAACUUGCUUGAACAUAGUCAGAAGUUUGUACCAGAAGAAUUUGGAGAUGUCCAAAUAUUCCAAUGACUCCUUCGAAAAGGCCGAAUACAUAAUCAACAAGCAUUCGAAAGAAAUAAUCAGCAAAAUAAUUAAGACGUACAUGAACCUCUACAGCAUUGACAAAAUCUGCAACAUCAUCCCGCAUAUGAAUUCGAUGAACUCAAAGCUCAAAACGCAGUCCUACUUUGUGAGGUCCAUAUCAUCCUGCUUGAAUUUGAACAAAACGGAUAAUUUUCAGGAGAUCGAGCGGAAAAUAAAAGAACUGGCGCAAACCAAGGGGAUUAACGAAAAGAUAAAGAACAGAAUAAACGUAGACGAAAUGGACGAAUAUUUAGCGGCGUACACAAUUAUGGGUACCCUGAAGAAGUACUUGAACGUUACCCUCACCCAGGACCUGUUGCCCUCCAUAUCGAAGAUCAUUCAGAAGAACAGGUCAUCUCAGUGA